CGCUCAGUUCCAGUGCUCGACUCAAACGCAAGAAAAAACAAAAAGGUCAAGAUGGUGUCGCUGGGCCGCCAGAUGCUGGGCUUUAUCCUAGCCUGCAUCGGAUUCGUGGGAACCAUCAUCGUAUGCGCCCUCCCCAUGUGGAAGGUGACCGCUUUCAUCGGCGCCAACAUCGUGACGGCGCAAGUCAUAUGGGAAGGUUUGUGGAUGAACUGCGUCACGCAGAGCACAGGGCAAAUGCAGUGCAAGAUCUACGACUCUCUGCUGGCGCUACCGCAGGACCUCCAGGCUGCCCGGGCCCUGGUGGUCCUCGCCAUCGUCGUGGCCGCCGUCGGGAUCAUCCUGGGGAUCGCCGGGGGCAAGUGCACCAACUUCGUCAAGGACAAAAUUGCCAAAGCUAAGGUGGCAGUGGCCGCGGGCGCGGUCUUCAUCUGCGCUGGGGUUCUAGUGCUCAUCCCCGUGUGCUGGUCGGCCAAUACGAUCAUCCGGGAUUUCUACAACCCUAUCCUGACCAACCCGCAAAGAAGAGAGCUGGGCGCCGCUCUCUACACCAUGCCCUCCAUGGGCAUGCAGAUGGCCGGCUGCGCCCUGUCCCUCCUCGGCUGGAUCGGCGUGCUGAUCGCUUGCGGGGCGCCCAUGUGGCGCGUCACCGCUUUCAUCGGCAGCACCAUCGUCACCUCGCAGACCACGUGGGAGGGUCUGUGGAUGAGCUGCGUUUUCCAGAGCACGGGCCAAAUGCAAUGUAAGGUCUACGAUUCUAUGCUAGCCCUGACCCAGGAUCUACAGGCCGCACGUGCCUUGAUGGUGGUCUCCAUUAUCGUCGGAGUAGCCGGGGUCCUCAUGGCUUUCACUAGCGGCAAAUGUACUAGCUUCAUCCCCGAUAAAAGGGAAAAAGCAAGAGUGGCAGUGGCCGGAGGGGUUUUUCUGAUCAUCAGUGGCCUUUUAUGCAUCAUCCCUGCCUGCUGGACCGCCAGUCUCAUCAUCAGGAACUUCUACAACCCCACCGUGGUGGACGCCCAGAAGAGGGAGCUGGGGGCUUCACUGUACAUCGCCUGGGGGGCGGGUGGUCUACUCCUGCUAGGCGGGGGGCUCCUGUGCGCCAGCUGCCCCCCCAAGAAGGACGAGUAUCCAUCCAUGCGCUACCUUGCGAACAAGUCUUCAGGAGGGUACGGGAAAGUCGACUCCGUGAGAUCGUACACACCGACAAAAACGUACAUUUGAGAUGAUAAAAGACAGACUGGGAUGAUCAGGUUCUUCAUUUUUGGAAAUUAUAUGUUGCAUACAUAUGGUGGAAAGUCUUCAUUUUACUUCUCUGUCUUAUAAUUCUACACGUCUGAUGUUUAAGUCAUUGGUUGAUGUAAAGGAAUCAUGUGCAUCGACUUCAUGUUUUCACUAAAAUAUAAUUUCAACAACAUUUCUGUCGUCAUCAAUGAAAAAGUGGAUGUUUACGACAUUUGAUUUAUUGCCGACGGAAAAGAAAUCAUGUGCAUCGACCUGAUGUUGUUCCCAAAAAUAUCAUUUUGAUGACAUUUCUGUAGUCCUCCAUGAACUACAAAUAUUUGGGAUUUUGUUGUUGUUGAUAUUUUAAUUAAAAAUAAAAUAUUUGCUCUUUAUUGAAAUGAAAAGAAACCUAAUAAAUGCAAGAUUUUUCCUCUUUAUUUUAAAAAAAAAAAAUGUAAUUACCGUAAUUUUGGCACUAUAAGACGCACCCUUCAAAUUUGGCACAAAAACGGCAUUUGUUAAUAGAUAGGCCGCACUCAGGGCCAGCCCAGCCUAUCCGCAGACUAUGCAGCUGCUUAGGGCCCCUAACCACUAGGGGCCCCCCAAUCUGGCAAUUGU